UUCUAGCUGAAAUGCUUGGCUCUAUAACACAAGGUGCCAUAAUUAGGUCCUGUUUCCAAAGUGUUGAGUUAAUGGAUGCUCCUUCAAAGUUUUUUUUCAAUUUAGAAAAAAAGAAUGGACAGAAAAAGUUCAUUCAUGCCUUGAGGUCUGAAAAAGGAGCUUUAUUGACCAAUCAGAAAAAGAGCUCUACAUGUUUACAAAGCUUUGUAUAAAAGUGAAAUUCCAGAAAUAAAUAAUGAUAGUUUUGGUUUUUUUGAAAACUUGCCACAGAUAUCUGAAGAUGUCAAUAAAGAAAUAAGUAAAACUCUCAGUUUAGGGGAACUUGAAGAUGCACUUAAAAGAAUGGAAAAUGGUAAAACACCAGGAAUCGAUGGCAUUACAGUUGAAUUUUAUAAAGCUUUCUAGCCAGAGGUGGGUCCAGAAUUAGUAGCAGUUUUCAAUGAGAGUCUAGUAAAUGGACAGCUAUCACGAAGUUGCCGAAGAGCAAUUAUUACUUUAUUGCCAAAGAAAGGCGAUUUGAAUGAAAUUAUGAACUGGAUACCUGUAAGUUUAUUGUGUAAUGACUACAAAAUGCUUUCAAAGGCCCUUGCCAUUAGAUUAGGUAAAGCCAUCGAGUAUGUUGUACAUUCAGAUCAGUCAUACUGUGUGCCAGGCAGAAUUUUUUUUCGAUAAUGUCUCCUUUAUCAGAGACAUUUUAGACUGUGGAAAGCUCUUUGAUUUAGAUUUUGGUCUAAUUUCAAUUGAUCAAGAGAAGGCAUUCGACAGAAUUGAACAUGUGUAUUUAUGGAGUGCUUUAAAAGCGUUUGGUUUUAGCCCAGAUUUUAUUUCAAUGAUAAAAGUCUUGUAUUGUGGUGUUGAGAGCGUAUUAAAGAUUAAUGGUGACUUAUGCUCUCCCUUUAGAGUGUAUAGAGGUGUUAGACAAGGCUGUGCAUUGUCAGGAAUGUCCUCUUCGACGCCCUCCAGCUCUGGCGCCCCCCACUCAGGCGGCCCCCCUGGAGGAGACCGCGAAGAGGAGACCAUCGCCCCAUCAGCAGCCGCGGCGAAGCGGCCGUCAUGGGAAGACCUCAGGGGGAUCGAGGCUACCAUUGGGCCCGACCCCAGCCACAUCGCUGGGAAGUCGGAUAGGGACGGAUCCUGCCCCGUCUCUCCAUCUGCUGGCCCCCUCCGGGGGGCUAGCGCCCACUUACUCUCAAAAAAGGAGAGUUUCCUCUCUCUCUGGGUUACCACAGCGGCUCUCACCCUCUGCACGACGGUGAACGGCAAACUCGACGUUGCGUCAUGGCGAAGCGCAAUGUCGAGUAUAAACACCAGCCCUCAGCACUCUCAGUCAGACAGUGCGUUGAGCUGCGCAGUCGCCAGGCAGGAAAAACAGCAGAGCCGAUCUCCUCCCCGGGGGACCUCCCCCGGCAAGGAAUCUGUACUGCUAGCCAUCGAACCACCCCCCAGGGGGACGAUGAAAAAGAUCGUACCUUAG